AAUCAAUCUGUCAUUCGUCGACGGCGAAUCGGCCGCAUCAGCGGACUCGAGUUACAAGUUAUUUUACAAUUUAUUUGUAAACCGAACUGUGUAGUGUGUACAAUAAUGUAUCAUCGACUGUGAGACGCACGUAAAAAGUGUCCGUAAGAAAUAAUUGAUCGGAAAGUGAUCGACAAUAAGAUGCCUUUUGUAAACAUCAAGAAGCAAUAUCUAGCAAUCGGGAUGUUAGUUUUCGUUUUAUUAUUUUUGUUUAAUACACGGCCCGCUUUUCAAUGUCAGUUUAAUGCAGAAGUGAGUCCAUAUCUCCCGGUUAUUUAUGGGAUCACACCGACGUAUGUAAGGCUGGCACAAAAGGCGGAUCUUACAAGGUUAUCACAAACUCUGAUGCAUGUGAAGAACUUCCAUUGGGUUGUGAUUGAAGACUCCUUGGAGAAGACAAAGUUGGUUGCGAACUUGCUCAAAGAGUCAAACUUAAAAUAUACACACCUUAAUAUAAAAACUCAUAAAUCGAAACAUUCAACGGCGAGUGGUGUGGAACAAAGGAACCUGGCAUUGGACUGGCUAAGGGGCCAUUUGGACAAGAGCGAAAACAAAGCAGGCGUUGUGUACUUCAUGGACGAUGACAAUACCUACUCGCUCAAAGUCUUUGAUGAGAUGCGGAAAGUAAAGCGGGUAGGCGUCUGGCCGGUCGGUAUAGUUGGGGGCAUGCGAGUAGAGAUGCCCCUUGUGUCCGACGGCAAGGUGAGCGGGUACAACGCCUGGUGGAAGCCGUUCCGACCCUUCCCUAUAGACAUGGCAGGGUUCGCGAUCAAUGCUACUCUGUUCCUGGAACACCCAGAAGCCAAGUUCUCCAGAAAAGUCCAGUCUGGUUUUCAGGAGAGUGAAAUAUUAAAAUACUUCACAACUAAAGAGGAACUAGAGCCAUUAGCGGACAACUGCACAAAGGUGUACGUCUGGCAUACACGUACGCAAAAACCUUCUAUACUUAACCCUAAAAAACUCAAGCGUCCCAUCGUCCCAGACGAUCAUAUCGAGGUGUGAGUCCAUACAGUAUUAAACUGGUCUUUCAUGUACAGGGAAAAAUUCCCAAAAGAACAAAAAACCCCCCAUAUACACUGAAGGGUUAAAAUGUUCUCGUAACGAUGUUUAUAUUCUACAAUCUACUUUUAAGUACUUGAAUACUCAAUUGGUGUAUACUCAGAACAAAAAUGUAUCGUCUAUAUUCUACUGUUUUGUAGAUUCUAAUUUAUAUUUGUGUUGUACGGAAUUCAUACAUUCUGAUAUUUCUAGCUCCAAAAUGCCACUUAUUCCUUAUAUUAAAUAAUGUAGUCUGACAUUAUUUUGUGCAAUUAUUAAGAGCUUAUUAUAACAUGAACAUAUUAUUUAUUCAAUUUGAAUGUGUAUAAUUGAUUGAAAGGCAAUAUUUAUUAUUAAAUAAUUUAGUAUCAAGCUAGUAAUUAUAUUUUAUAACAAACAAUGACUUGUGCGUGAAAUACAGGCCAAACCGCAAAAUUAACUUUUAAAACACAUAAAAAUAAGGAUCAAUAUUGUUUAAUUUAAGUAUUUAACGUAAAUACAAUUUCGUUUUACUUAGUGAUCAUUUGAGAAAGUCCGGCAUCGUGUAAUAUAUAUUUAUUCGCUUUAUAUUGAUUGCAUCAUAUUUAAUAGAUACAAAAGUAUAUUUUUUGUAUUAUGAAAACAGCAUUAGUAUCAGUCGAUACAGAGGCUUUCCCAGUGGGUUAGAAUUAUUAUGAUUUCAUCACAAUCAAUCAUAAUAACAUUUAUUUGAACAAUUCGUAUUAAACUUCAAAAUUGUUCCAUUGCGUUCAGUAUUAUAAAUAUUUUUAUAUCGUCGACUUGUUUGUAAAAUAAAUUCUGGGUCGCGUAGAAAAGGCUAGAUUUUAUAUUAAAAGAACUAUUUACGUUUUAUAAGUAAUUUAGCGUAAUAGCAUAAUUAUAUUUUAUGGAAAAAAACCAUUCUCUAGUAUAAUGCUAGUCUUAUAUUUUUAUAUAUAUUUUGCAAUAGUCUAAAUUCAUAUAAAAAAAACUUUAGAUACAAUCAUUUAUUAAGUCAACUUUCUAUUAUAAUCACAGUCGUCAUAAUACUGUAUUUAGAUUUUAGUAAAUUAUUUCAUAGAGAUUAGUUGGAAAUCAUGUAUCAAAGCUAUUUUUAAUAUGUCUGUAAUUUGAACGCCAUCUUGAAACAGUGCUGCCAUCUAGAUUAAGUUUGGUAAAGCUUAGGCGGUAUUUGAAUUCCUGCAUGGAAUAGUUUUACUUUAGAUUGCGAGAACCUACGAUAUAAAAUUUUUGACUCUAUAAUCUGUGGUAUAAGGUCCAUAUUACAGAAUCAUAAUCAGCAACGUUUUCUAGCACUAAUUUUACUAGGUCUUACGAAACCGAAACCCGGUCUUAUUCUAAGUUCUAACUUUAAUUUACGUGAUUAAAACGCAAUCAGUAUUUGUAAAACUUUUUCGUGUAUUUUAGUACUAAAUGCUGUUCUUAAAACUAAUAUUAUUUUGUUUUAGCCUGUCCAUUUUGAACGACAGAAGCUUGAAAUGGACAAGCCAAAAAUCUACGUUCUUUGUAUUAGCGCUCAUUGUUUCAAAAUUGAACUGCUGUAAUUUUGUUAUUUUAUAGUUACUGUAUAUUCCCAGUGAAAAUAAGGAUAUAAGUCUAUAGUGCUCGAUAUUAUUUUUAUGCCAGGAAUCUUCAAAUGCCAAAAUGCAUUUUCGGAAACUGUAUGGCUUUUAUUUUAUUUAGUUGAAAACCGUCAUAAGGUACAUUAUAAUGAGACAGACUUCAAUGUGCAAGAGAUGGUUUGUGUUCUUCAUAAUAUAUCUUACAUUGAAAUGUAUCAUAGCACGGCUCGUAGGAUUGCAGCUACUUAUUUUAUUUUCUACAUGUGCAUACAGUCAAGCCUUAUCUACAUAUUUCAUAAACAUCAUAACAUUUUCGAAGGAACAUACAAUACAUAUGUGUAUGUGUGUCAUAGUUAUUUAUGUAUACUGAAAAUAUGAAUAUUGUCUCCAAUUGUUAGGAGAGAUUCAGUCAAAAAAUCAAUCAGACUUAUUAAACACCAAAAGAAAAUGUAUUUUCGCCUUUACUGAACCAUAACUGCCGAUUUACCAUGUAAGAUUCCAAGUAUUCUGUAAUUAGUUUACAGGCCUAAUAAGUCACUAGUAAUCACUAUAGAAAUAGCGUACCGAGAAAUGUAGCUCACGAAAACUGCACUGAUGUAACUCAAGUUACAGUUUGCUCCAAAUAACUUUGCAGCUCUGAAGUUAGCCACUCGACAUCUUUCGCAAUUGUCAAAAAGUUUUGCUUGUCCGAAUGUAGCCGCACUCCAUUUGAAUAAGCACUUGACGAAAGAUAUACAAUCUUGAUAUGACUUUUUAUUUGAAACCUAAGUUUGAAUAUAAUGCAACAAAUACAAUACCUAAUCAAUUAAAUAAUUGUAGUAUAGUUAAUGUUUUAAUAUAUCUAUAUUUUUGUCAAAAAAGUCCUGUCAAGAUUAUUUAUCUUAUGCGAAGUGCAACUCAAAUGGAGUAUCGGAUUUACUGACUUCACAGCAGUCAAAAAAAUAUGAACAAAACACUGCUGAACUUGCAUGCUCUGUCAUAUACCUAACUUCAGAGUAGCACAGUUAUUUGGUGCAAACUGUACUUGACCACUUGUUAUACCCCGAUUUUUAUACUAGAUCUUAGAGUUAGCUGUAAAACUAAGCAUAAUAAAUUAGUUCAUUACGAAAUGCUCAAACUUCCGAAUCGGUCUAAUACUUGAUUCCUUUUAGCGUAGAUAACUUUUUGUACUUAUUUAUCUGUUACUGUAUUAUUAUUGUUAAUGAACAAUGUUGUAAAAGCUAAUUUGACCCUUAUCACGACCCCUGUUUUGGAAAUAAGAUAAACAUAAAACUUGUAAAAAAAGAAUAACAAUACGAAUCACAAAUAGUAAACGAUUCAAACAUCUAUUAUCAGCCAUUUUCCGUUACCUAUAUAUUAAGGUUACCUUCUAUCUAAUCGCGAGAGGCUAAGAGUGCAAUCUUUGAGGUACUUUAACAGGUUUUUCCUACCUUGCUGCAAUUUUAAAAGAAUGAAAAAAUAUGCCGAAUUACAUUUACCUACCUGGUUCUCUGUUUAAUGCAUAUCGAAUCUCAGUUUAUAACCAUCCAAAUUAAUGUCUAUUGAAUAAAAUAUAACAGAAGAGUACAUUGUGUUAAACCGAUUUCAAUAACCAAGUAAAAAUAAAAUAAGGCCUAAAAUAUUAUCCUCUAUUGAUUUCUGAACAAAAUAAUGAAAAUGUUUGAUCAAUUCAAAAUUUUACAUACGUAAUUUUAAACUGUAUUAUAAUUUUAUCCAGUUUGACCGUGUCGCGAUGGCAAUAAUGUAUUUUAUACAUAUACAAUAGAAUUAAUUGUAGCUUUACGAUAAUAUAAAAUGUUUCUUCCGUUGGACAAACAAUAUCCUCUAGUUUUAUUUGUAGACUUUACAUAAGUAUGAUCGAGUAGGAAACUCUUUUGUGAUGAUUUUUUAGAUUUCUAUUUCUAUAAUUUUGUAAAUACUUCCUAUUUAAUUUAAUUGUAUGAGAAUAAAAAAAAUGCUAAUGAUGAA